UUUAUGUUCCAGGAGUCAAACAUAACCUUUGACCAAGGAAAUAACAGUCAUCACCAUGGGAGACAGAACUCUUCCCCCUCAGGUAGAGGGUCAUCCCCAGGGCCGCCUUGAUCUGAUAAUUGGACGUCCAGCUGUAGUUCCAGCUCCAAAAGCAUCACAGUCAUUUAUAUUCUCAUUCAGGUGGUGGGGAGAUACACGGUUGUGUGUUUUACGGUUACCUCCUGGGAAGAGUGAAUCCAGAAUAACAUUCUAUGUUACCUGUGGCCCAAAAUCUUUUCGGCAGUACCUGUGUGAUGCUGGAAGCCUAAAUGUCAGUCUGAAAAUAGGUGGUGGUGGUAACGAUGAAGCAGAUGAUGAGGAAAAGGAAAACUUGAGUCAGUUGAUUCAGAGCCCAAGAAAAUUGGGUGAAUCCCCUAGACAAACAGUUUUGCGCCGGCAGUUAAGGAUGAAGAAAGGAUGGCAGGAUGGGGAUGUGAUUGGAAGCUUUAUGCUUCCAGAUUUAAAGCUAAAUUCGCGUGGAGAUUACGUUCAUGAGUGCCGUAUAGUAGAUUCUUCAGCAGAUGUGAUUGGCACUGUAGUUGUAACAAUGAUAUUCCUUGAGGGGACUUUAGAAGAUUUCCAGGAAAUAAAAAUACAGAGGGAAGAAGAAACCACCGUACAACAGAAAAUGGAAGAAACAAAAUUAAGACCCCGUUCUGGCAUUCCUGUCAGAGGAACCAGUAGUAUUAGCUCUCAGAAAGGUUCACAAGAUGGUCAGAGAAGUCGAAGUGGAAGUUUCAGAGAAUCACUCAGGCAGAAAACCGAUAGGUUAAAGUCCCCUAAAAGACAACCUGGUACCCUGGACUAUGGAGGACGAGGUAUGGUCAGGAAACAUCACAAAAUAAGAAGAAUGAGGGUCUUAUAGGAGUUGUGCAUCCAGAAGUCGUGCGUCGAGAACGGAAGCAUGGAAACCGUAGUACCACAAGAGAGCGGCCAGCCAGUUGGGGUCUGUAUCCUCUUUUAGAUGGAGCGGAUCCUGAAUCCUUAGUUGGUAUGUUUAUUUCAAUAUUAUGUUCAUUUAUUUUUAUCUUAAGUUUCCUGAUUUUUAGACAGACUGGAAUCAGCUAGGCAAUGGUUGAAUACAAAUAUCUUGGAAGAAAGAUUGAAACUUAUAGUAAUUUUUUAUCCAACUCUUGUUAAUUUUGAAGUGGUUGGUUGAUGAUAGGUGGGGUUCAGUGUUGUGAUAGACUUAUGUCGAAAUUAACACCAUUUUAAUAUGACAGAAAAAGAUUUCAUAAUUGAUGUUUAUAUUAGAGGUUUUUGUACUCAGUCCAAUUUACUAGAUCGAGUUUUUGAGAUUCUUAGGUAGCUGACAUAAAUCACUAUACUGUAUAAUACAGGUUAAUCAACUCCGUCCCUCCUUAAGAUGAGAACAUGUUUAUUGGAAUACAU